AGAGCGAGCGGCGUGUUAACUGCGCAUGCUCCAACUACAGCUGAUGGAACAGAUGUUCAUUGUCGGAGAUGUCCGUGAUCUCAGGCCGGGCCCUAUCUGAUGGGGGACCCAUAUUGUUAGAACAGGCGUUAGAACACCGGAAACUAGUUCUCAUGAAUCGCUGCUUGCGAGGGAUUGGGCGACAUCAUGUGAUUGGUUACGAAGCCCCGCCCUUGCUGCUAAUGUCACAUGACCGCAGUGCUUCUCCCUGAUCGCAGCAGUUUAGUGACAGCGGAAGAACUGAGACUGUGAGGAAAGAUGUCGGGCAAGGACAGGAUCGAGGUGUUCCCUUCUCGGAUGGCCCAGACCAUCAUGAAAGCUCGUCUGAAAGGUGCCCAGACAGGACGCAACCUUCUUAAGAAAAAGUCUGAUGCCUUAACCCUACGUUUCCGACAGAUCCUAAAAAAAAUUAUUGAGACCAAGAUGCUAAUGGGAGAGGUAAUGAGAGAAGCUGCUUUCUCACUAGCUGAAGCCAAAUUUACAGCAGGGGAUUUCAGUACAACUAUUAUUCAGAAUGUGAACAAAGCACAAGUGAAGGUUAGAGCUAAGAGAGACAAUGUUGCAGGUGUAACACUACCAGUGUUUGAACAUUAUCAGGAAGGAGGGGACAGUUAUGAGUUGACAGGUCUAGCAAGAGGUGGUGAACAGCUGGCUAAACUAAAGAGAAACUAUGCAAAAGCUGUAGAGCUGCUUGUGGAACUCGCCUCCUUGCAGACCUCAUUUGUGACUCUAGAUGAAGCCAUAAAAAUUACCAACAGGCGUGUAAAUGCCAUAGAACAUGUCAUUAUUCCUAGAAUUGAGCGAACUCUGUCAUACAUUAUUACUGAGCUGGAUGAACGUGAACGAGAGGAGUUCUACCGGUUAAAAAAGAUUCAAGAGAAAAAAAAAAUUAUCAAAGAGAAGGCAGAGAAGGAACGUGCCGCAUGGGCUAAAAAAGAAGGUGGUUCAGAACCAGUCAAUCUUCUCGCUGAAGACCGUGAUGAAGACCUGCUGUUUGACUAACUAGUCAUUUGUGCAUUAUAGAUAAAAAAAAGUUGUAUUGUCUGUGCCCUGUGCAAUGACCCCCUGGGUGUAUGCAGCACAUUGGCAAAUAUAUAAUUCCCAUAGUGUCCCAUCAUGCCAUCUGCACCACCUUGUACAGAGCUGUGUCCUAACCUACAGAAAAUGAUAGCACCUACUUUGAAAAUGCCUGUUUGAAUGGUUUAAGUUAUUUGUGUAUUGUGACUGUUUGUUUAAAAUUUAAAGAAGAAAAAAAUAAAAAUACAGCAGUGUACUUCAAUUGAUAAAA